CGAAAUUGUAAACCCCGACGCUUGACAGUCUACUGGUUUCAAACCCCAAAGCCACUGAGAAAGAGGGUUUAAAAUUGCCGGUCUCGGCAACCCUGUCCUGCUCGAAAGCCCCCCUCUCCCCUCAAUCGCUGCAGCGAUGGACACGGUGAGGCUCCGUUUAGUGCUCGACAACGCUUUGAAUACGACGACGGAAGGACUUAGAAAGUGCUGGAUUCUUUUAAAGCCCCAACACAAAACCAUCUCCGAUCUCUCCUCCCAUAUCUUCCACGUUUUUGACCUCCACAAUGCAUGCCCUCACGGCCUCCUCCUCUCCAUGGAAGGGUUUGCAUUACCGCCUUUCGAGUCUACAAGUAUUUUGAAGGACAAAGAUAUUAUCAGAGUGAAAAAGAAAGGCAGCACGUCUACUGAAAUUAUCAAGAUAGAUGAUGGGCUGAAUGAUUCCUUGAAUGUGGUGGAGAUAAUUGACAAGCCACCGGUAACUAAAGGCACGAAUCUGCUUGCAAAUGAGGAAUUUGAAAAGCAAUCUGAUGGCUACGAAACUGAACCAGAGGAGGAUGUGGCUGAAGAGGUGGAGGAUGUGGAAAAUAGUCCAGAGGUGAAAACAGUUUCCAAGAAGAGAAAGGCAUCGAAGGAUCUUCGCUGCCCAAAGAGGAAGAAAACCAAAUCUGCUAGUGCUGGAAAAUGUCUAGAAGUUCCAGAAAAUGUAGGGACUAAUGUCUGUGCAGAGCAGAAUGGAACUUUGAGCAUUGUUAACGCUGAUAAAAAAAGUAACAAGAGUAGAAAAUCCACGCCUGACACGAAGAAGAGGAAGAAAAAUAAAUCUGCUAUUGCUGAAAAAUGUCUGGAAGUUUCAGAAAAUGCAGGGACAAGUGUCUGCACAGGACAGAAUGGCACUUUGACCAUUUUGAAAUCAGAUGAAAGAAGUAGCAAGAGGACAGAAGCUACAUGCAAUGCAAAGAAGUCUUGCCAGCCUGAACAAAAUGGCAAUGGGAGUGUGGAUGCAUUACAUACACUUUCUGGAUCUAAAAAGUUCCCUAGUAGAAGUGCUAGGCGUAAAAAGGCCAAGAGGCAAUGGUUAAAGGAACAACUCAAAGCUGAAAAGAAAGAGCAAAAUCAGAUGCAGUUAUUUUCAAAAAUCAAUCAGCAAUCGUCUAAAAGGGAUAAUCAGAAUGUUGCUGAGAAAUCACCUGAAUUGGGAAGUCACAAACUUUCAGAAGAAAAACUCAGGGAAGACAAUCAAUUGGGAGAGCAAGAUAGUGAUGUAGAAGGUGAUGUUGUUCCCAUAGUGAUAAGGCCGGGACAUAUUCGCUUUGAGCCACUCAAGAAAGGGGGUGAUGAUCAGGCUGUGCUGCAAAAUCACAUUCCCACUGAAUCAUUUCACUGGAAUGGGAUAACAAGCAAAAAGAAGGGUCAAAAGUGGGGUAAAGAGAAAGCAGUGUCAUGUAAAAGAAAUGAUUAUAACAAUUUCAGGAAAGAGUCUUCCAGCAGUCUUUCUAUUGAAGAACAGACACCUGUAUAUGAUUGUACCAACUUUGAAGAGCUUCCACUCUAUGCUAGCUUGCCAAAGGAAGGUGAUGUAAUUGCUUAUCGUGUAGUUGAGCUGUCAUUGUCCUGGACCCCUGAGCUCUCAUCCUACCGUGUUGGAAAGAUAUCAAAAUAUGAUCUCGAAUCCAAUAUAGUUAUACUGGUCCAAGUACCAGGAUAUCCAGUAGUUCCUGAGAAGAUAGAUGAUGAGGCAUCUGCUGCACUACCAGAAACAUCCCCUUAUGGGGAAGAUGGAUCUUUAGAGAUAAAGUUUUCAACACUUCAUGAGGUUCGCCUUGUCCGCCAUGGUAAUCUAGAGUCAGCAAAAUCCAUUGCUAGUGGAUCUAAUGAAGUCCAUGUCAGGGAUCAAGAUUCUGGAACAGGUUUUAGUCCCAACAAUAACCAUGAAGCUAAUACUUCCGCUCAAGAAAAUGAAAAACGUAAUCCAUGGGAAGAAAUUAACCAGGCUUUGACAGCAAAGAAGGAACUGCUGUCUCAGGAGGAUGGUUGGAAAAAAACUGAGAGUUCAAGCAGGAGCCCAUGGUCCUAUAAGGCCUUGAGAGGCAGCUCGCUGGGUCGAACAAUGGCUUUAUUAAGAGCACAAAACGAAAUAUGAUGAGCACGAGAUGAAUGGAAUAUGAAGAGCACAAAACGAAUUGAGUAGCAUGAACUGUGCAUUUGCCAUCCAUUUGAUUUUGCAACCUCAAGGUGGGUGAGCAUUUCACUUAUGAUGCCAAGUUUUGCUUUCGGGAUGCAAUGAAAACAUGUAAUGCAAGGGAUAUUUAUGGCUGAGAUUUUAUGUAUAACUCCUUUCUGUCAAUUAUCUCCUUCAUGCAGUGUGAGAUCUUCAAUCAAUCACAACGUUCUCAGUGGAGGAAUGUGAUUUGUUGUUGAACUAGAAAAGCAUGAAAGUCAUAACCUUUGUUUAUUACCAUAGGUGCUUACUCUGAAAUUGCGAUUCUUUUCUUUUAUGGGAGGCAAAUGAAAGACCCAUCUUGGUA